AGUAACCGGAAGUGAACCACAGUGACCAUGAACAAUUUCUACGUUAGCGUUUUUAUUGUUGUUAUUUAGACGUGUAACACCCUGGAUUUCAAAAUAUGACUAAUGUAACUGCACCGCAUCACAUAAUCACCCUAUAUAGUGUAUAAUUCGUGUUGGAGACGAUUUAGUUGAUAGAUGUUAUCUAGGUAACGCUAGCUGCUAACAAUGGCUAACUGUAUGGUGUUUCACACUCAAAUAGCCUCUAUAAUGGAGGUGCUAGCGAAUGCAGCCGUUGCAGAAAUCUGUAAACUCGUAGACGACGACUAUGCAGUGUUUCGUUUGGAAAUAACUCAAAGCCAGAAAGAAAACAGGGCAUUGCGGAGAAAACUACUGGAACUGAAGGUGGCACGGGAGCGCGCUGAGAGGACAAUGCCAGAGCGCGUCCUCGCCAUUCGUCCCAGUAGUGUCAAGAUCCUCGACCGAUACAGAGGAAUGGCAAGAGGUGAAGGACAUCGCACUGGAGGCUACAGAAGCUUUGUAAAGCCUAUGGGACACCAUACAUGGAGAGAUGACCAACCAAUCACUGUUAAUGAGGGGAGUGGAACCUCAACCCAGCACGUUAUCAUGACAGAGUCUGCAGAUGCAGAGGCUGCAGGUCCUGGAGUUAAGCUGGAGAGGUCUGAAGGAGAGGAGGACCCACGACACAGCACAGAUAUCCAGACUGGAUUGGCUGGAGUGCCCCCUGUAGCUAUGGAGGACCCCACCAUCGCCCCAGUGCAGCCUAGGACCCGAUGCAGCAUCACGGAGGAGGAGGAGGGUCCAGAGUUGCUGCUGGUGAAGGAGGAGGGGUGUGAAGAGGGUCUGGGGAACCCUGAGGGGACCAUGGUCAUGGAGGACAACCAGACUACACCUCCUGAACCCACAGAGGAACCAGCUGAGCAGCACAAGACCACACACAGUCUCACUGAGUCAGUAGACAUGGAGGAUGGGAAGCCUGAUCUGCUGCUGGUCAAAGAGGAGACAAUAGAAGAUGGACCAGAGAGCAUUGACCUGCUGAGUGGACUAAAGAUGGGGGAGCAAGGUGGUUGGCUGGAAGGUAACAGAGGAGACUGGCCGACCAUUUUGGAUUCUCAGACCCAGACUGCUGCAGCCAUGGGCCCAGGGGACGACAUCACUGAGCAGGCCAGGACCAGAGGUGACAUAGUGGAGGUCAGUGGAUGGGACAGUGUCCUCAACUCUGGACUGGGGAACAACACUGUUAACCACUACCAGAAACAGACAGUCGAACACAAAACAACAUCCGAAUUUAGUCUCCAUGACAACAGACUGGCUGAGACCAGGGCGAGGCAUAGAUUUGGUCCAUGGGGACUGGGAGGUAUCCAUAUGAGGCGGGAGAGAACAGAAACAAACUCUGCUAGCGAUGCUCCGUCCUGCUCCUAUAGUUGUGAUUCAGAGACACCUUUGGCGCCUCAGGUUAACCCCCUAACAGGUGCUGCCUUCAGCCUGCCUUCUAUAGGAUCUAUCAACUGGAACAUGGACCCUGCGACAACACAGACACUCCCCGGUCUUCGUCCUUCUCACAAUCUCCUAAUGUUAAACCAGACCUCAGACAAUGCCAGUGCUUCAACUUUAAAUGGCUACACAAGCCCAUUGACAAAUGACAGUAGUAGUGAUGCUAUCAGUAGAUACGGUGGCAAAGAGAAGCGCUUCCCGUGUUCAUUCUGUGGGAAAGCCUUCAGUUUCUGCAAACAGGUAGAGAUCCACCAAAGGAUGCACACGGGGGAGAAACCAUUCGGCUGCCACCUGUGCCAGGCCAGUUUUUCACAAUCGUCCAGCCUGAAGAGGCACCAGAGAGUCCACACAGGGGAGAAACCCUACAGCUGCCCCCAGUGCGAGAAGAGGUUCUCCCGCCAGCACCAGCUGAAGAUGCACCUGAAGGUCCACACAGGAGAAAGGCCAUUCGACUGUACUCACUGUGGGAAGAGGUUCUCAGAGAGGAGAUACCUCAAGAUGCACCAGCAGAAAAACCAUUCCACUAUAACAUAGGAAGUAACCAUUCCACUCGAUAGCUUCUGAUGCUAAGAUCAACCCCUGCAUUAAAGGUAGACGCAGCAAGAUGACAUAGAUGCAUAAAAUAAACAGCAGUUGUGGGUCAAUCAUUGAAGUGCAAGGCCCAGACAUUGUGUGAUAUACAGUUGAAGUCGGAAGCUUACAUACACCUUAGCCAAAUACAUUUAAACUCAGUUUUUCACAAUUCCUGACAUUUAAUCCUAGUAAAAAUUCCCUGUCGUAGGUCAGUUAGGAUCACCAAUUUAUUAUAAG